AUGAAAGAUACUGCUGCUCGGUCAGAGGCUAGAGCACCUACACGUACCUAUGCCAUUCGAGCUAGAGAGGAAGCUACUGCUCUAGAUGUGAUUGUUGGUACACUCUAUCUCUUUGAUGUUACUGUGUAUGUAUUGAUUGACCCUAGGUCCACUCAUUCUUACAUUUUCACUGCAUUAGUAGCGAAAAAGAUGUCAUCUAUUGAAUCUACUGAUUAUGAUAUUAAAGUUCCUAAUCCAUUAGGUCAAAGUGUAAUAGUUAAUUUAGUGUGUCAUAAUUGUCCACUGAAAGUGAAAGGUUAUGAAUUCCCUGCUGAUUUGAUAUUGCUACCCUUUCGGGAAUUUGAUACUAUUCUGGGAAUGGAUUGGUUAUCUUUGCAUGAUGCUAUGGUAAAUUGCAAAUAG